UAGCUAAAUGUUGGGCUAUUGGAGCUCUCAAGAGAGCAAAAAGUAUUUUUCUGCAGAAAACAACCCACUCUGCUUCUGGCGUGAAGAAGAAGAAGAUGGAAGGUAGCAAUGGGAAAGGCUACGCCUGGGCAAUCUCAGCUGGUUUCAACGCUGCAUGCGCUGCCGUUUCAGCUAAACUCUUGUUCCCUCCGGUAAUUAGAUACGGACUGGUGGUAAUUUUCAACGUCAUGAUGUGGGGAUGUUAUGUUAACAGCUUGAAAGCUCUUUCAUCCCUUCAAGCAACCGUUACGAAUUUCGCUACUAAUUUCCUCACUUCUGGCCUUGCCGGUUUCUUCUUGUUCGACGAACUAUUGUCGAUUAAGUGGUUUGCAGGUGCCAUGUUCAUUGUCAUCGCUGUACUUAUCCUCAGCAAGUCUAGCAUAGAGAAGACGGAAAAGACUGAUUAGAGUUUUUACAUUAAUGGUGCUGCAUUUCGACCGUUAUAACUUCCGGCUUCUUUUGGAAUGGAAGA